AUGGGAUACGAUCGGCAGAUACAACCAUUAUCCUGUGUGAGUAGGGAUGGAAGUAAGGAGACUGACAUAAGCAGCUCGACUGCUGCUACAAAAAGCUCAGAACCUGUGACAGAAAGCUCCCCUGCUAUAACUGAAAGCUUAACUUCUGAUCUUGAAAGCUCUUCCCCUAGUACAGAAAGCUCUACACCUGUUACAGAAAGCUCUUCUGCCAGCUUUGAAAGCUCAACCGCUGGCCUAGAAAGUUCAACUGAUAGUCUUGCAAGUUCAACCGCUGGCAAUGAAAAGUCAACAGUAGGGAUUGAGAGCUCAACUGUUUCAGUAGAAGGCUCUAUCAAUGAUGAAAGCUCAAAAGCAACAGUUGAAACCUUUACUGAAGCUGUUGUAACAACUGUUACUAUUGAUAGUGCUCCUAUCGUGACAGAAAGCCAAAAUUCGAAUCGUGUCGACACUGCCUCUGUUUCUACUAUUAACGAUGAGAAAGUGACAUCUACUUCUGAUUCAUCUGUCCAGGAAGUAACUGACGGUGCUAUUCUUAAUGAUGAUAUUAUCAGUAGUGAUAUUAGUUCUAGUCAAGAUAUAGCUGAUGACGUAACAGCUGAAGUAGACACAACUACGACAGCAGUGACAAAAACAGUUUUACAUUCAGAAGGUUCUACAACAACCAAAGUAUCAGAGGUUGAAGAAGUUUCUUCAAUACCAGUAGAUAGUGUAGAAGUGUCAACUUUAGUUCCUAUAACAAAUAAACCUGAACUUGAAGUAGAAGCUGUAUUAAUAGACGAACUUGCAGCAACAGCGGUUCCAGUAUCAAGUGAAAGUACGGAAGAUCCUGAUUCUCGUGAAAAAGACAACGAGACAAGUAAUUCAAAUGAAGCUUUUACUUCAAGCGAAGCUUCCUCUUCAAGUGAAGUUUCUUCUUCAAGUGAAGCUUCUUCUUCAAGUGAAGCUUUCUCGUCAAGUGAAGCUUCGCCUUCAAGUGAAACUACUUCUUCUAGUAAAACUUCUACAAGUGGAUUAUCUUCUUCAAGCGAAGAUACUUCUUCAAUUGAAGCUUCUUCUUCAAGUGAAGCGUCCUCUUCAAUUGAAGCUUCUUCUUCAAGUGAAGCGUCCUCUUCAAUUGAAGCUUCUUCUUCAAGUGAUGGAACUUCUUCUAGUGAAACUACUUCAAUUGAAUCAUCUUCUUCUAGUGAAGCUUCUUUAUCCAGUGAAGCUUCUUCUUCAACUGAAUCAUCUUCUUCAAGUGAAGCUAUUUCUUCAAGUGAUGUUACUUCUAUAAUUGAACCUUCUUCUCCAAGUGAAGCUUCUUCCAUUAGCGAGGCUGUUUCAUCUAGUGAACCUUCUUCUUCAAGUGAAGCUGCUUCAUCUAGUGAUUUUACUUCUACUAGUGAAACUUCUUCUUCAAGCGAAGCUUCUUCUUCAAGUGAUGCUUCCUUUUCAAGUGAAGCCUUUUCUACAACUGAAUCUACUCUUUCCAGUAAACUUUCCUCUUCAUCUGAAAUGUUUACUUCAAAUGCAGCUUCUGCAACAACUGAAAUGUCUGCUGAAAAAGAAACUUUAGUUAUUGGUGAAGAAUCAGCAACAAUUGAAGCUUCUGCAACAACCAAAGAUCCCUCUGAAAGUGAACCAUCUGUUCAUGAUGGAGAUGAUUCAGGUACAAGCGAAACUUCACCUACAAAUAUAGGUUCAACUGAAAGUGUCAUUCAUACUGAAACUGAAGCUGAAGUGACAACACAAACAUCAACUGCAGAUCCUUUUGUUUCUAAUAUGAAAGAUGAAAAUAUUGAAAAACCUAAUCUUGAAUCCUGGAUUCCUGUUGGGGCCGAGGACGGUGAAGCAAUACCUCUUGUGGGCUCAGAAGACACAGCUCCUACUCUUGGAGUAGGCUUGGGUUUAGUCCCUGAUCAAGAUUCAACUCCAGAAUCUCCAGAAGCAGGGGUAGGACUUGCAACAACUCCUUUGUCAGAUACGUCUUCUAGUUCAGUAUCAACCUCGGACUCAUCAACUGCUUCAACGGAUACUGUAUCUGAAGACUCAUCUACUAUAGAACCAAGUUCAGACGAACUUCUAAAUUCUGAUUCUGCAUGGUUAAAAGAUAAUUUUAACCUGACAAAUUCUUCCUAUAAGGAUAUUUGUGGAAGAAGACCAUGGCUGGAUUCUGGGUUCAGGAAUAAGGCUAGAGAGGCCAGAGUAGUGAAUGGAGAAGUCACAAAGUACGGAGAAUGGCCCUGGCAGAUAUCACUCAGACAAUGGAGAACAGCAACUUUCCUGCAUAAAUGCGGAGCUGCGUUACUAACUGAAAACUGGGCAAUAACUGCUGCACAUUGUGUUGUAAAUGUGGACCCAGAUUCGUUGCUACUGCGCAUGGGAGAAUAUGAUCUAGGAAAUGAAAGUGAUGAACCUUAUGAAUUCCAGGAUCGUAAAGUUGCGAUAGUUGUAACUCACACCAAGUUCGAUCCUUUGACAUUCGAAUACGAUCUUGCACUUCUUAGAUUUCACGAUCCUGUAGAGUUCAGUUCCCUCCAUUCCCCUCCAGUCACCUCCAGUCACCUAAAUUACACUCCAGUUCCCUCCAGUCCUCUCCAGUUCCCUCCAGUCAACAAUCAAAAUGGCCCCCUGCCCUCUGUCCUACAGGAGGUUGACCUGCCAAUAAUAAACAAUACUGAGUGUGAAUCUAUGUAUGAAAGAGCUGGCUACAGAGAACAUAUUCCUGAAAUAUUUAUAUGUGCUGGAUAUAGUGAAGGAGGAAAGGAUUCUUGUGAGGGAGACUCUGGUGGUCCAAUGGCUGUCCGACGUGAGGACGGGAGGUAUAAUCUGGCCGGCGUGAUUAGCUGGGGUAUAGGUUGUGCCAAGCGUAACCAGCCCGGGGUUAUGACAAGAAUAUCUUACUUUAGAGACUGGAUUAACACUUUUCUCAAAUUCUAGUGAUAAAAACACUUUUUAUAUUAUUUUAUAGAAUUGAGGUCAGAACUCGUGGAUUUCAUUUGUUAGUCUCUUCAUUAAUCUCUAAUUCGUAUAUGUUGUUGUUUGACGGAUUAGUUCUAUUCCAUCUGGAAUUUUGUAAUCUGUAGAUUAGCGCCAUUAUAAGUUCAUAAUUUCUGACCUCAGUCCAACUGUUUUGGAAAAUCAAAACAAACUCUUCAAUAGAACAAAUUCAUGUAUUCUCAAACAAAUUUUAAUACAAUAUUUAUUAUGCAGUUUGCGUAUAUAGAAUAUUUUACCAAAUUUUUUAAUUAAUUGUUGGGGGUACAUUUUCGUCCCCCCCCACCCUUUCUUAAAAAUACCGUAUAAUCGUGUGUUAAAUAUUGUUUGUAAACAAUUUCUUCCUUCACGUUCUUCCAUUUUAUUUUGCCUAAGAAUAUUAGUUUGUACUUGAAAAAUUAAUGUACGAUAAAAAAAAGAAAUUGUGUGACCAAAGC